CCCUCCUCCCCUCUCGACUCACGCGUUCUUCCCUCCCUUCCCACUCCCGCCCUCAGUGGUCUGCUGGCUGGGUUACGCAGGAGCAGCCGCUUGCAGCCGCAGCAGUUCGCAGAAGGGUUUGCAAAAGCGCUUUCAGAUCAGUGCAUCCCGGGGAAGCCGCGGCCGCACUUUUCCCUGAGGAAGUGGGGGGAGCAGGAGGACCUGGCCCAGAACCAAGCGCCAGACCAGGGAGCGGGUAGGAGGGGACAAGGGAGAACCGCGGGCCAGGGCAGAGCAGAGAGCCGGGGCCAGGUGGAGGAGGAGCAGGAGGCGAUAAAAGAGGAGGGGGGCCAGCCUGGACGAGGGCGGAAAGUCAGGCAAACGUUGCUCCCCCACUUCUGGGCAGCCUCCCCACCUCUGAGGGAGGGACCGCUCCCUACGGCUAAAGCGGGCUGGGAAGGUGGGUGAUCUCCUCUCCCUUCUGCCAUGGUUCAUCGGGGUCGGAAAUAGUUCGAGGCAGUUUCGGGAGCGGUCCCAAGCUGGGAGCGGAGCCGGUGUUGUGAGGCGGCGGCGGCGGCGGCGCUGGAGCCCGGGGACCAUGUCGGCUGGCAGCCUGGACUUCGCUGCGGUGGAAAGUUUCCUGGACCGGCACCCGGAGCUGGUGGAGAAGUGGCUGAAGAGGAGGAAGUCGCUCGCCGCAGCGCCUGCGGGCACCGGCAGCGCCGGCGGCGGCCCUGAAGCCCGGCGAAGCAGCGGCAGCCCCAGUCUGGGCCCCGCCAGCAGCUGGGCCAGCAGUGGCCCCGGGGAGGCCAGCGCGGCGGGCGGGCUGCAGCGAAGGGCCUCCCAGAAGGAGCUGAGGCAGAGCUUCGCCAGGUCCAAGGCCAUCCACGUCAACCUGACCUACGACGAGCACGUGCACGCCCGAGCCCAGGAGCCCCUCAGCAGCAUGCGGAGAAGGGCCCUGCUCAGGAAAGCCAGCUCCUUGCCCCCGACCACGGCGCACAUCCUCAGCGCCCUGCUGGAGUCCCGGGUCAGCCUGCCCCAGUACCCGCCCACCGCCCUGGACUACAAGCGCCACCUCAAGGAGCACAACGAGCGCCAGUUCUUCCUGGAGCUGGUCAAGGACAUCUCCAACGACCUGGACCUCACCAGCCUCAGCUACAAGAUCCUCAUCUUCGUCUGCCUCAUGGUGGAGGCCGACCGGAGCUCGCUCUUCCUGGUGGAGGCAGCUGCGUCGGGCAAGAAGAGCCUGGUGUCCAAGUUCUUCGACGUGCACGCGGGCACCCCACUCCUGCCCUGCUGCAGCACCGAGAACUCCAACGAGGUGCAGGUGCCCUGGGGCAAGGGCAUCAUCGGCUAUGUGGCAGAGCACGGGGAGACAGUCAACAUCCCAGACGCUUACCAGGAUCGUCGCUUUAAUGAUGAGAUUGACAAACUGACUGGUUACAAGACAAAGUCAUUGUUGUGCAUGCCCAUAAGAAACAACGACGGAGAGAUUAUUGGUGUUGCCCAAGCAAUAAAUAAAACUCCUGGAGGUGCUCCUUUUACCGAUGACGAUGAAAAAGUGAUGCAGAUGUACCUCCCAUUUUGUGGAAUUGCCAUAUCUAACGCUCAGCUAUUUGCUGCUUCAAGGAAGGAAUAUGACAGAAGCAGAGCUUUGCUGGAGGUAGUUAAUGACCUCUUUGAGGAACAGACGGACUUAGAGAAAAUUGUUAAGAAAAUCAUGCGUCGAGCCCAGACUCUGUUGAAGUGUGAACGAUGUUCAGUGUUACUCCUGGAAGACAUUGAAUCACCAGUGGUGAAGUUUACAAAAUCCUUUGAGUUGCUGUCUCCAAAAUGGAGUGCUGAUGCUGAGAACAGUUUCAAAGACAGUAUGGAGAAAUCAUCAUCUUAUUCUGACUGGCUAAUAAAUAAUAGCAUUGCUGAGCUAGUAGCUUCCACGGGUCUUCCAGUGAACAUCAGUGAUGCAUAUCAGGAUCCUCGCUUUGAUGCUGAAGCUGACCAGUUUUCUGGCUUUCACAUAAGGUCUGUUCUUUGUGUUCCUAUAUGGAAUAGCAACCACCAAAUAAUUGGGGUAGCUCAAGUGUUGAACAGGCUUGAUGGGAAACCUUUUGAUGAUGCUGAUCAGCGAUUAUUUGAGGCUUUUGUUAUUUUUUGUGGCCUGGGCAUCAACAACACAAUAAUGUAUGACCAAGUGAAGAAAUCUUGGGCAAAGCAAUCUGUGGCUCUUGAUGUGCUGUCCUACCAUGCAACAUGUUCAAAGGCAGAAGUUGACAAAUUUAAGGGAGCAAGCAUACCACUGGUGUCAGAGCUUGGCAUUGACAAUAUCCAUUUUGAUGACUUUUCACUCGAUGUGGAUGCCAUGAUUACUGCAGCCCUCCGGAUGUUCAUGGAGCUUGGAAUGGUUCAGAAAUUUAAAAUUGACUAUGAGACACUGUGUAGGUGGCUUUUGACAGUGAGGAAGAAUUAUCGAAUGGUUCUGUAUCACAACUGGAGGCAUGCUUUCAAUGUGUGCCAGUUAAUGUUUGCAAUGUUAACUACAGCAGGAUUUCAGGAGAUUCUGACUGAAAUUGAAAUUUUAGCGUUGAUUGUGGGAUGUUUAUGUCACGACCUUGACCACAGGGGAACCAACAAUGCCUUCCAAGCCAAGAGCGGAUCAGCUUUGGCUCAACUUUAUGGAACUUCUGCUACUUUGGAGCACCAUCAUUUUAAUCAUGCUGUCAUGAUUCUUCAAAGUGAGGGUCACAACAUCUUUGCUAACUUGUCCUCCAAGGAGUACAGUGACCUUAUGCAGCUUCUGAAGCAGUCAAUAUUGGCAACAGAUCUCACUCUGUAUUUUGAGAGGAGGACUGAGUUUUUUGAACUUGUUAGCAAAGGCAAUUACAAUUGGAAUGUCAAAAGCCAUCGAGAAAUAUUUCGAUCAAUGCUAAUGACAGCCUGUGACCUCGGAGCUGUGACCAAACCAUGGGAGAUUUCAAGACAGGCAACUGAAUUGGUAACCAGCGAGUUCUUUGAACAAGGAGACAGAGAGAGAUCUGAACUCAAACUCACUCCUUCAGCUAUUUUUGAUCGGAACAGGAAAGAUGAACUACCCAGGUUGCAGUUGGAAUGGAUUGAUAGCAUCUGCAUGCCUCUAUAUCAGUCUCUAGUGAAGAUGAAUGUGAAACUGAAGCCCAUGUUGGACUCUGUGUCAGUAAACAGGGGUAAAUGGGAGGAGCUGGACCAGAAAACACUUCUCUCCCAGACAGCACCCUCCUCCUCAUCUUCCAGCUUUACUUUGUCUCUUGAAGACAUACAUUAAGCCUGCGAAUGUCAGCUGCUGUUGUGAUAACAGCUGUCUGAAAGGCAGAGUUGUAAGCUUAGUUGCAUCAUUUUAAAAAAAAUGCUUCUACGGACCUGAUUAAUUGAUUGGAUAUAAUUUUGCUGGCCAUGGCUUUAUGUAGGAGUUCAGUUGGUCUGAAAAGAAGGCCUGUAAUAAGAUGAUGCUGAUAUCUGAAGUCACAUGGAAGAUACAGCACAAAGAAGCAGUCAUUCAGCUCUACCACAUUUCAACUGCUGCUGUAAUAAAAACCAAAACACACACACAAACACCAGACUACAGACUGAAAUACAAGAACUUCAGCUUAAUAAAAUAAAUAAAUACAGAGCAGACUUGGAAUGCACAUUUAUCAAUGCAUAUGCAAGGAGCUGCAGGAAAACAGAAUAGUGUGCAUUUCCUUUUUGUUCUGGAUCUUUUCAGUAUUUGUUAUGAACCAGUUAUGCCUGCUUUUGUAAUGUCUCUCUCAUUCUUCCUUCCUCUUUUAUGCUUGAGUGUUCUGAAAAGCCUGCUUUGUAUUCUACAGAAGUAUUUUUUUACAACAAAGCUUCUUAGUGAUUGAUCAGGGCCUUCAGAAUUGCCUGUCUUCGCUACAUUUAAAAACAAACUUUAUUAUCUUUAAAAAUAUCAACCUGUCCCAGCUCCACUAAGAUAUUCAUAUUAACAAUGCAGUGAAUUACUUUACAGGUGGAAAUUUGUAUAAAGGCAAAAAUUAUUGCAUGGUAAUUUGGGUUCAUUUUUUUUUAGAAAAACUAUUUUAAAGCAUUCAUUUUUUAAGCUGCACUGUCCCCCAAGGAAAGGACUAAUGGCCUUUAAUGAAAAUAGGAUAAAAAGGAAGUGUAUUGCCUUGUACUAGAGAAUCUGCAUUGAAGGGUUUACUAUGGAUGUGUUUUUCUGAUAUGAUUUCCAACAGAGAUGAAUAUUUUGACUGUUACCCAUAAGAAAUGGGGGUAGGGGGAAUAGAGUACCAUCACACUGGAUAUUGACUUCCUCCUAUUUCUCUUACCAUCUCUUUUACCCUAUGACAGCUAGCAGAAAGCAAAUCCAAGGUCACAUAUCUGAUAAACAGUUGUACAUAAAACUUUAAUCAAUUGUGAUAGAUCAAGAAUUCAAACAUGUCUAGUUCUCAGUGACCACACUAGCACAAGAAAGUUGGCCUCUUAAAUUAGUGCAGAGAUCCUUGGCAAAACAGCUCUGUAAUCUGAGGCUGCUUGCUCUAUUCCAAGCACCUGAAUACAAGAGGAUGCAUGAUAGAAUGCUUCCCACCUUUACGGCUUCUUAAGCAUCACACUGCCCCAUUCAGGAAAAAAGAAAGUUACUAUGGUCAUCAGUUAUUGGAGCCCAUGACAAUGUCAUUUUGAAACUAGGAAUGGCUACCACUAGGUAAAAACAGCAUAAGAAAUUAAAGCCAGAUUCAGAUUUCUUUUACACUGGUGUCAAACCAGAAUAACUCCUCCAACUUCAGUGGAGAUACUCUGGAUUGUCAUUGGUGUAACCAAAAUCAGAAUUACCCAUAGGGCCAGAUUUUCAAAAGAGCCAAGUACCAUACUCUCCCACCUGGGCACCUAAAUCAGGUGGGCACUGAGCACUUUUGAAAAUCUGACCAUUACUAUCUAAUUGACGAUUUUUAAAAAGAUGUCCAUUUACUAAAAUACUUUGUACUACUUAUAAUUUUUGUAGACAUUAGAAUGCCUGAAGAUUCCAGAACCACUGCAAGAAAAUCUAGUUAUCUAAACCACUGAACCAUAUCAUGUUUGCUACCAAAGAGAAAUGGGGGGUGGGAGAAAAUCUAUGCUAUACAGAGAUGAAAAUCUGCACUGUAUGAACUUGUUUCUCUUACCUCUCCACCUCCUCGCUCCUUCCCCAGUAAUGAAAGAGCUGGGAUAGUCUGCUGCAAACCUGUAUAAAACUUAUUUAUAUAAUAUGUGCUUUAUGGGAAAAGCAGAUACCAUGACUGAUUUGGUACUGCUGGCAGCUAUACAGUACAUAGCUUUCCUGAAUUUUGAUAUUGCAUAUUGGUAAGUGUACCAUAAUUUAAAGUACAUAUCCUAUAGCUUCCUCCAAGGUUGAGUUUUCCCUCAUUUCCUUUCCUUUCCUUUUUACUGGCUUCAGUGCACUGUUGCCCAUAGCAACACCCACUGGCAGUGAUGGGAAUUCAACACCGCUGCAACCUGACAUACAGUUAAGGCCUUAACAAUGUCAACCAUCAAUCAAAUGGCUAUUUGUAAUUGCCUCCAUCUAUUUCUCCUGUCUUGUGGUAUCUUUUCUAUUGUGGGUCAAAAUUCAGAAACUGCUGACUAAUGCAACGGUUCUAUUCCUCCACAACAAGAAAGCAAAUGAAAAAGUGUAACAAGAUCCUCAUCAAAUUCUGCUUUCAAACACAUUGAUGCAAUUCUGUUGAAAUCAGUAGGGGUGUACUUACUGGUGGAAGUGAGAAGAGAAUUUGACCACUAGUGUUUUUAAGACUGAAAUACUAAAGUCUUGAGCAAAAAAAAAAAAAAAAAAAAAGGCAACUUAGCACUAAAGUUUUCACA